GCUGUAGAAGCGCGCGGUGGGGUCCCGUGACAAGAGUCGCACGCGUAAUUGGUCAUUCCAUAAUCCCGUCAUUGCGUCGUAACAUAUGAUUGGCUGCAUGUUUUUCUGGUUUGGUGCUGCGCAUAGGAUUGGCUAUUCUUUAAUUCCGGGGUGCUGUAGUAAACUGACAGCCAAUUCUCAUUGGCUGGUCGUUUUCCUUACGCUUCUUCGUAGGUGCAGGAUGAAAUUGAAGAUUUCUGGUUCGUCAAAGAAGUAUAUGGCGGUUGGAGUAUUUGUACGUGUUAGCUACAAAUAGCUGCGCGUGGUACACACCAAAAGCAAGUUUUCAGGAUGUUAAAACAAAAAGACGCCGAAUCUCACCAAAAGCAUGGUAUAAUAUAAAAUUCGUAAAAACCGGGCAUCGGUGCAGCAGGAAUAAAGUUGAAACCGUCUGGCCAUCGGCUAAGAAUCAUGCAUGAACCAUGUAUGUAGGAAAUGUAGUGAGAAAAGGGGAGCAGGAUCAUCGCCAACACAAGCUCUAGCUAAAGCAUUUGUUUCCUAAUGCACCACAUCUCCAUUAAAGCAGUUACUGCGGUAAAACUGCGCUCGAAGACUGAACUCCCGAUCCCAGCACAAAACUCUGAGAGCAGCCCCACAUGACAUGCGCACGUCCAGCUCCACUGCUCUCUUGUGCUUGGAAGGCGCUGCUGCGUCUCCACGUUGGAUCGAAGGAGCGGCAACCGCAUACUCCGGCAACCUUUGAGAGAGAGAAAAAAAAGGGGGAAGGAAAAAACCAGCCGUGUACAAUAAGCAAGCAAAGUUAGCCGCCAGAGAGUGAGGAGCAACGCGUCCGUGACGUCUUCAUCAUUCGUUUGAACAGCGUCCACCCAGCUAGCUAGUCCGCGAGGGUCGGCGUGAACGAGCCGCGCUCCCGAGCACCAACUCCACAACAGUGUUGUGCUGAAGACUAGGAGAGGCACUGGCUGUGUCCGUCGUGUGCUCCGGACGAACAGAUGUAGUUUCGAGCGAUUACUCUGUCUGUGACUGAAAAGGAAGACACAAACACAAUGCUGAGCCCUGGCAGCGGGGACUCGCUCCAUGCCGUCAACUAUGUGGAGGAGUAUCUGGACUUGGUCGAGUCUUUGCCUUUCGACCUGCAGAGAAACGUGUCUCUGAUGAGGGAGAUCGACGCAAAAUACCAGGAGAUUCUGAAGGAGCUUGACGAAGCCUAUGAGAAACACAAGAAGGAGACGGACCUGGUCCAGAAGAGGAGGCUGCUGAACUCAAUCCAGCGUUCCUUGAUCCGCAGCCAGGAGUUGGGAGACGAGAAGAUCCAGAUUGUCAGCCAGAUGGUGGAGCUGGUAGAGAACCGUGUACGACAGGUGGAUAGCCACGUUGAACUCUUUGAGUCUUAUCAGGAACCUGCAGAGACUGGAGUCACGUCGAGCAAGGCCAGUCAAGAGAAGAGGCGGGAGGAGACCACCACCUCAGUGGAGAAGCCCAACAACAAGCGCUCCCGUCGGCAGAAGAACAGCGAGAACCGCGAGAACUCUUCUGUUAGUCUAGACCACAGUGAUGAGAUUGGCAGUGGGACACAGAGGGAGAAGAAGGCCAAGACGUCCAAGAAGAAGAAACGGUCCAAGGCAAAGGCAGAGAGAGAAACGUCAGCCCCUGAUGUGCCAAUAGACCCCAACGAGCCCACGUACUGCCUGUGCGAGCAGGUAUCCUAUGGAGAAAUGAUUGGCUGUGACAACGAAGAGUGUCCAAUUGAAUGGUUCCACUUUUCGUGUGUUGGACUCAACCACAAGCCCAAGGGGAAGUGGUACUGCCCAAAAUGCAGAGGUGAGAACGAGAAGACAAUGGACAAAGCUCUAGAGAAGUCCCGAAAGGAUCGAGCCUACAACAGGUAGCUUCGUACCUGUUUUUAUGAACGGACACGUCACGUGUGCAUAUUUACAGUGAAGGUCACACAUUUUUCCCCCCAUGUAGUUCAAGGGCUGUUUUAAUGAUUUGUGGUAAUGUCGUUGAUGGAGUGCGAGUGCAGAGACGUUGCCUGAAACGUCAGAUGCUGCGUAGAGAACAGCGAAAAGGUUCCGGUCAAUUCAUGAGUCGAUGACUUACUGAUGACACUGAAUUAAGUGCUUUUGCCGCACAGGGUCACCUCUGGCUCGGUGGGUGUCAGGCUCACCAGCCGGACACUCUGUAUUUCCUCCAAAAUAUCGGUCUGUAAAUACCACACUAAUGCGAGAAAGUAUUUUCUGUAACUAGUUUUUCUGUCAUUGGAUUUCAGUGUUCAACAGAAAUAGUGAGAGCUUCUUUGGGGCCUGUUGUAAAUCAGAGUCUGUUACACCAGAUGUGUAUGAGUUUGAUUUCAUAGCCAGAGGAAGGAAGGAAAUUGUUUCUGAAGAACAGAGGUUCUUAUCAGGCUGGCAAAUGAAAAAGAGCCCGGCAUUUGUUUCACAUAUUGAGCAGAGCUGGUACUUUAUACGUUGUUUGAACAUUUUGUACCUUCCACUUUUUCCACACUGCAUAUGUCAUAACUC